AAGUAAUAGGCAAUGAUAGCAAUAUGACCAUGUUUGCAAGAAUACAAGCUUUCCUGUAUCGUCACAGGCGAAAGUUUAUUAUAAGCGGAAUAUUAAUUGGAAGUGCAGUUCUAGCGUCACGAUAUGCACAAAAGAAACUCCGUGAGUGGCAAGAGAAGGAAACAAAAGAAUUCUUGGAACGUACACGUCGGCAGCAUCAUUUUGAGAGCACGGAACGAACUUGUAACCAAACGAUACUUUCGCUGAUACCUACCAUCAGAGAGGCAGUAAUUAAGAUCUUAGACACAGAGGACUUGGUGAUUAGGCUGCGAAGUGAUCCACCUGAUAAGUUGUCAUUAUGGGAAGAGCUAAAGAUCAAAGCCUUCACUCGUGCAUCAGUGUUGGUGUAUGCUGGAGCCAUGCUGGUGGUAGCACUGCGCAUCCAGCUCAAUCUUAUUGGUGGUUACAUGUAUCAGGACUCGACUAGUGAGACAGAUGAGGGGGCAAGGGCUCCACACAUCAGUAGUACACUCCAACACAAUUAUCUGUCAUUAUGCCACCAUUUUGUUAAUGAGGGCAUACAUGAAUUAUGCUCUCUUGUGGAAGAGAAGGUUCAUCUCAUUGUGGAGGGAACAUCAUUGAAGCAGCAGCUGAAUCUUCAGGACACAGAGCAACUCUUUUGGGCCAUACAGGCAGCUGUGACAGGUGACCUCCGUGACCCCAUCAAAUGUCUUGCCCGGUAUAUCCUUCCACCAGACCAUCCUGCCACAGCAGAUUGUGAUACUUUGCAGAAAAUGGUUUCAGAAACAAUGGAUUUGCUAGAGAGUGAUGAAGUUUUAUCCUUGACAUCAUCUUGUGUGAGCCAAGGUUUCUCGUUGAUGGUUGAUCGAAUAUCUGAUUAUUAUGGACCAGCAGCAAAUAAAGCAGCUCUGAAUGUAAACGCCGGAACAUCUGGUCUUCAGAACAAGACACAAAUCCCAAACAGUGGUUUGGGGCACAGUAAUGGUCUUGCCACCUUCGUUCAUCCAAAUAAUGUGGCGAUGCCCAUGGCCAAGCUGAUACCCAUUGUGAAUGGACUGGUCCAGCAUCAGAUUGGCCAUGGAGGUGGCCCUGAUCUAUGGAUUCAGCAGCUGAUUCUGAAUGAAAAACUGAAACUCUUGGGAGCAAAUGUGUAUGAGGCAUUCAGUAACAAAUGACAAACUGCAUUUAUCUUUUCCUUCACACUUUGACAGGAUCCGUGAUUAAAAUUAAGACAGCAAUGUCCCAACUAUGAAGGAACUUACCAAUAUCAUGACUAUCAUGACCACUAUAGGUAGUGUCAUGGAGAGAAAAGUGGAGGGGUCGGUGAAAGUUUGAUGACCUUGACUGGCCAAAUGAUGGGUUCCCAAAUGUAAUGUAACAUUUUUGGUAAACUAUAAUGAGAAUGGACAUGCCAGUUGUAACAGUACUGCACCAAAGGAUUGUAGCUCCAUAUGUCUGAAACCUCAGUGGCUAGCUUCAAGCUCCAGCUCUUUUACUUAAGGAAUAAUCCCAGAACUAGUAGAAGGCUCAACAGACUCCAGAGCUGGUCAUAAGAUGGCUGGGGGUAUGAAGUCUGAGCCUGAGGUCUAGGAUGCAUGGAGCUUCAUGCCUCCAUGAUGUGGUGCUUAUUCAAGUUCAUGGUCUUGUUUAAGACACUUCAUAGCAAAACUGCCAGUAAUGUAGUUCAGUCUAAGUUACUCUGUAAUUUUGAUUUUAUAAAUGAAGAGCCACAAGAAUAGAAUGGAUGUGAAUAAAUGCAAUGGAGAGUCAGAGACAUGAGGCAUUUAAAUGAUAAACUGAGAUAUGCAGAAGUUCUGAAGAGACUUUGUUAAAUUAAAAGGAUUGUUUUUUUAAUAUUCAUGAAUUUUCAAUGAUAUAACAUUUCAGGUUGUGGAUUUCUGAUAAUGAAGUAAGUUGAUUGUGAUAAUGCUGGAUUCAGUGUGGCUAGCUCCCACAUAGGUCUCCAAAUUCUAUUAUGUUAGAGCUUUCAUUCUAAAUUAAUGAUAGGGAAGUAAUAUAAUGAUAAAUAUAUGUUAUAUUACUUGUAGCUCAGAUGGUUUAGCAACAGGUGAUGGGCUGGACAGCCAAGGAAUCACAGUUCUAUUCUUGGUAGGGAUAAGGGAUCUAUCUCUUCUCCAUUGAGCAUUCAUACUGGCUCUGGGGCCAACCCUACUUCCUGUCCGGUGAGUACUGUGGACUCUUUCACCAAGGGCAAAGCAGCCAGGGCAUGCAACUGACCAGUAACUUCCAUGUGCCAGGGAUCUAUACCUCCUCCUCCCAGUAUGUUUUCAUGGAGUGAUGCUUAAUUAGUUAAGCACAGGAACAACUUUCCAUUUACCUACAUAUUAACCGACUUUCAUUGUAAGAUAGUUUUUAAGUUCAAUAUGAAAGUUAUCUCUAAGUUUGGCCAAUGCUUUGAAAUGUUUCAUAACCUACUUUUACAGUAUUAAAAUAAGGGCAGUGUUUUCUUUUGUAUUAAUUUUAUUCUUGUUAAUUUUGCUUUUGUAUCUCUUCAGAUAUGAAAGUCAUUAAUCUGUUUUGGUUUCAUGUUGUGAUAUUGUCAUGUGUAUUAGUGACUGUAGACAGUGCUUUGAUUGGUGACAUGAUGUAUUGACCACUUAUACACACAACUCAGAACUACAAGCAGUUCAAGGGCUAUUGAUGAUCUACACACUUUACAAAUCACUACAGCACAUGUUAAGCCUCAGUCUUCUAUAGUUUUCUCUAGUUCAACAAUGGAAUCAUGCCAUUGCCCACUGGCUACUACUCACAACUGAGCUCAGUCAAAGUCACAUUGUGACUGACGGUCAGUCAGUCAGUCAGUCUUGGUGUCAAGCCCAAUCUGGGGCUUAUGACC